AUGAAUAUCUCAGACUUUAAUCUCGUGGGAAGAAUGGAUCAAAUCGAUGGCGUCCUAUACUUGGGUGCUAUAGAAGCGACUGAAGACCCGGAAGAGCUGAGAAGGGCUGACAUCACAACCAUUCUGUCCGUUAUAUCCGAUGAAAUGGAGGCAAAGGACAGAAUCGGUGGCAUUAGAUACCACUGGAUUCAAGCGGACGACUCGCCACACGAAGACCUCUUGACUCACUUUCCGGAAGCGUACGACAUCAUUGACAAGUGUGUGGUGUCGGGCACCGGGAUUCUGGUGCACUGCGUGGCAGAGCGGCAGAAGACGUACGAAGAGAUCCAUGCGUUGGUUCAGUGCCGGCGUCCUAUCAUUUGGCCAAACCAUGGAUUUGUGGCUCAGUUGGGGUUAUGGGAAGGGAUGGGCUUU